AUGGAGGUUGAGGUAUUUGAUUGCUGGGGGAUUGAUUUUGUAGGUCCCUUCCCUUUGUCUUUUGGCAAUGAAUAUAUACUGGUGGUUGUUGACUAUGUUUCUAAAUGGGUUGAAGCAAUGGCUACCCCGCAUAAUGAUGCCAAGACUGUGGUGAAAUUUCUGAAGAAGGAUAUUUUCUCAAGAUUUGGGGUACCUAGAAUUCUGAUUAGUGAUGGACGUACACACUUCUGCAAUAAUCAGUUACAGAAGGUUCUGAAACAAUGUAAUGUGACACACAAAGUAACAUCACCUUAUCACCCUCAGACCAAUGGGCAAGCAGAAGUAUCAAACAGGGAGUUGAAAUUUUUUUUGGAGAAGACUGUAGCUUCUACUAAAAAAGACCGGUCCAUCAAAUUAGAUGAUGCUUUAUGGGCAUACAAAACAACAUUCAAGACUCUUAUAGGAUUAUCCUUAUUUCAGAUGGUGUACGACAAGUCUUGUCAUUUACCAGUGGAAAUGGAAUAUAAAGCAUACUGGGCCUUGAAAUUUUUGAACUUUGAUGAAGUUGCAUCCAGAGAACAAAGGAGGCUGCUGCUCUUGGAGUUGGAAGAGAUGAGAUUUACUGCUUAUGAAUCUUCAAAGCUGUAUAAAGAAAAGGUUAAAAAGUAUCAUGACAAAAAGUUGCUCAAGAAGGACUUUCAGCCAAGACAACAGGUGUUGCUUUUCAACUCAAGACUUAAAUUGCUUCCUGGAAAGCUUAAAUCAAAGUGUUCUGGACCAUUGACUAUCAAGAAAGUUUGA